UGAGACUCUCAUAUAUCAAGAUGGAGCUGUACAUAAUCAUUCUCACCCUUACCAUUGUUCUCUCAACUGAUCCUGAAGUUAAACAUGAAGCUUUCCAGUUUACACUAUGCUCUGACACAGAAGGAGGGUUUUACCUUGGAUAUGAUGAAGAGGAGGUAUGGCAUGUCAACUUUGAUCAGAAGACAGAAGUAUUGACAUUACCUGAUUUUACAGGACCUUUGACAUUUGAUGGAUUUUAUGAACGUGGUUUGGAACGUUUGGCAAAAUGCCAAAAAAACUUACUUGGCUACAUUACAGGUUUCAAGAGCCCACCACCAGAAAUUGAUGCACCCCAUACAUCCAUCUAUCCAAAGGAUGAUGUACAGCUGGGUGUUCAGAAUACUCUCAUCUGUCAUGUGACUGACUUCUAUCCACCAUCUGUCAGCAUCUCUUGGACUAAGAAUAAUGUUAAUGUGACAGAGGGCAUACGUUUAAGCCAGUACCAUCCAAAGACAGAUGGUACCUUCAACAUCUUCUCCACUAUGAAAUUUACACCUGCUGAAGGAGACAUUUACAGCUGCACAGUCAACCAUAUAGCCCUCCAGGGUCAACCUCAGACCAAAAUAUGGGAUUUUGAAGUUGCCCUCCCAAGUGUUGGUCCAGCAGUGUUGUGUGGAGUGGGUCUGACUGUGGGGCUGCUGGGUGUCACUGCUGGAACAUUCUUUUUCAUUAAAGGAAAUAAAUGCAACUGACUGUUGAGCUAUGUAAACAAACUUUGAAAAUAUCUAUUGUAUUUUGACUGAGCUUUGAAAACAAUGCUAUAGUUCAUUUGUGUGUUAUUGUUGAUGUAUAAAUACAUGCAUGCAUAAA